CCUACAAAUCCUUUAAAGAUCAAAGUAACACAUCAAAAUGCACUAUAUAUACUCAAAGAGCCAAAGAUAUUGAUUAAUAAAACAUUAUUAAAUAUAUAAUCAUAGAAAUGAAUAGAGACACUUGAAAUACACACAACUUUUUAAAACUCAGCAUAUUAUCAUGAAAUGUUAAAUCAUUCUGCUAACCGGCAAAAUACCUCAUUACCGGUCAGCUUUAUUUAAUUUAAUUUAAGCAGUUUUUAUUUAUCACUAUUUCAUUUCAUAGAGCUACUUUCAUCAAAACAGAUUGUGAUUGACUGUUGGUUUGAUCUGAUUGAGCAGCCACCAUAACAUUAUGAAAUAACAAAUUAGUUGAGAAACAAUUACAUAAGAUAUGAAGACUUUGGAAAAAGGCAUUUUUUUUAUUUAAAAAAGGAUAUUGAAGGAAAUAAAAAAUAAACUUCAGCAAUAAACUUUGGUAUACAUUACGUUACAGUCAUUUAGCAGACGCUUUUAUCCAAAGCGACUUACAAUCAGUGUAUUCAACAUAGGUAUUCAAGAGAACUACUAGUCACCAGAAGUCAUAAGUGCAUCUCCUUUCUUAAACAAGCAUCUAAGAGCAUAAACCAGAGCACAAGUACAGUGCAGAAACAAACUAAUACGAAUACAAUAAGUGCAACAAACUAAUACGAAUACAUAUAUAUAUAUAUAUAUAUAUAUAUAUAUAUAAUUAUGUCCCAAUGUAUUGCUAUUGUUUAUUACAAUUAUGUAAUAUUCACUUAUUUGAACACUUCAUAUAAACAGUUACUUUUAAAUCACCUUCCAUCUAUUUACAAGCUCGUGUGAGAUGAUGGCAACAAUUCCGAUAGCAAGGGAACGCAGCACAGUUUAACAAGGCCGAGAGCCUGAAAGUCAUUUGUUUUCCCUGAGUCGGUCUGACUGGAUUGGACGGCCGGGGGUUCCGCCCACAAACACACAAGGUGGAGUUGAAAAGAAACAACAUGCUGGGCCAAAAUGAAGCUGUCAAACAGCCUCUAGUUGAGGAAUCGCCGAGCAAUGUGAAAAUGCAUCGAGGCUACUUUGAAGACCUAGUAGAUAGUUAUAUUUAAAGUGGAAAUCUGAGGUUGAAAAAGUUGAAAUUAUAAACUUUUUGUAAAAAAAUAUAUUUUUAUUAUAUUAAGUCAAUUGGGUGUGUGAGUUAAGCUGGUAGCACUGCACAAGAUAACCAUUGGUACAACUUUUGGCUUUCAUGAAACUUUCUUGAUUAAAUAUUCGGGGCUCAAACUUGGGCUGAAGAUCAGACAUGGUCGGUGUAACGCACGGGGGAGAAAAAACAAAUAUCCCUCGGUUGGGUUGAGAAAGAGAGCGGUGCGAGGUCGGGGGAAAAAUGGAUGUCUCCGCGUAGAGAAAUGGUUGGAUGGAGAGAGAGGAGCUGCUGCGCGUUGAGUGGAGGGAGACGGCGGAUGAGAUGGAGGCGGGGGGAAGGACCAUCUCUGCGGGGACUGGAGCCCGGGACCGACGGCGCAGUGCUGGCUAUCGUUCAACCCUCCCCUUCUUCCUCCACAACGACGCCGAGAGACAGGUAAGCCAGCUGAGCAGCGCGGCUUCGUCCACCGCGUAAAGGGAGCCACACAACGACACAAAAACAACACAACGCAAAAUAGACCUUUAAUGUGUGCUUUUGUUUACUUUAAAAACAAUUUUUUUUUAAAAAGGCGCCUCGCUCGGUAGUCUCUUUGUAGUAGCGAGCCACACCGACCGCUGGGGCAGGGUACAGACGAGGUCGGCCAUAGCCGGAUUUCUUGUCCUCUACAGCGGGGGAAAAACCGGGUGUAAGACCUGGAGGUAAAUCCGGUAUCCUCACAUUAACACUACGGUGGGUCGGUGCCUAGUCCCCGUCAUCGAAACUAGAGUGUUUUCGCUGAAACCGGGGUAUUUGCGUGGGGGAAUUAACGGUGGUUUCCGCGCCGAGACCUCCAUGCGGCUGUUGGCGGAACAGCCAGCCGCCUCUCUCGGUUAGCCAUCAGGGAUCUCCGUUUAAUAUCUCACCGUGCAGAGACUCGCCCUCUCUCUCCCCCUCUCUCUCUCAAACCGACUAGCCCAGAACCGCCGACGACCGAGCUCGGAGAACCCGCCUUCUUGUUCUCGCUUAUACGCUUCUGGACCGAGGUAAGGGAGCCUGCGACGCCCUGGCAUUAGUUUUAAGCUCCGUGUUUCAGUGUUUGCAGUGCGCCAUUGGACCUUGUCACGGUAGGUUUCCUCGUCGAGCUGCAGCAUGGCGGACCUGGAGCUGUUCUCCUCGGCUGUCGAACGUGUUUCCUCUUAGCUCGCAGCCAACGGUUAACGUUCUGUUACAGUUGAACCGCGUGUUAAUGGAGCCGAGAAAACGACCGUUGAAAUGCACUCGUUGGCAAAGCGAGCUCGAGGCAGCCUGUAGCGGUUGACCGUUAAAAAUAUUUUCCACGUUCUUCUUUCUUCCUUCGCCUCCGCAAGUCCCUCCAACCCACAACCGUAACCUUUAUCUCGGGCACACUUUUCUCAAAAAAUGUUUUUAAAGAAAACACGGUUAAGCUUAAAUUAAUUUUAACGUUUAGCGGAAGGUACAAAUUAAAAACAGUAUUCAAGUAUUUGUUGUAAACAGUAACGUUAAGUCCAGGUCUGCCCCGGAGGAAACUGAGAUUCAUAUUAAAUGCAAUGUUAACGUUUUGUAUUAAAUAUGUUUUUUAAAAGUAUGGCUCUAAAUAUUAAAUUUUUAGCUUCAUUUGGCGUACCAAGCUGCCCUUGGCCGUAAUGCCUCAGCUCCACAUUUUUUUUUUAAUCCUCAAUAUUGUUCAAAUUUCAUGAAAUUCUAAAGGGAAACGUAUUUAAAAACGGCUCCAGGUGCACGUUAAAGCAGCUCUUUGGUUCUUUAGUAAUGGUGGUCGGUGUUUUUAGUGUCGCUAGGUCACCCCGUGGAAGCCACGCAGAGCUCGGGCCAUCAAGGACACGAUGAACAACGAGCAGCCGCCAUCAUUGGAUCACAGCUCGGCUACGCCUCGCUGAAGAAUGCACUGGCUUUGCUCUAAAAACCCAACGUUAAACGCCCCAAAAACUGAUUUAAUCGAUACAAUACAGUACAACCACAAAUGAAUGGGGAAAUGGAGGCAGCGGCCCAAGACAAAGGUGGGAUUUCGACAUUGUGGGCACAGGAGGACCUCUUAAAACUACUCGAGGCCAUGAAAAUGGCCCUGCCGCCGAAAGACCUGACUAAAUACAAAACGUCAGAGUCCCACCUCGACUGGCAGAAGGUGGCCUUCAAUUCCUACACAGGAGAUAUGUGUAAGCAGAAGUGGCAGGAGGUCUCUAAAGAGAUUCGUAAAUUCCGGACUCUGACAGAGCUGAUAUUUGAUGCCGCAGACUACAUCAAGAACCCUUACAAGGGCAAAAAGAUAAAGAAACACCCAGAUUUCCCCAAGAAGCCUUUGACUCCAUACUUCCGAUUCUUCAUGGAGAAGAGGGCCAAAUACGCAAAGUUGCACCCAGAGAUGAGCAACCUAGACCUAACUAAAAUCCUCUCCAAGAAGUACAGGGAGCUGCCGGAGAAAAAGAAGAAAAAGUAUGUUGAGGACUUCUUACGAGACAAAGAAACAUUUGUGCACAGCAUGUGCAAGUUCAGGGAACUGCACCCAGACCUUAUGGAGAGCAUGACCAAGAAGGGUUCAAAUGCACCAGAGAAGCCCAGAACACCCCAACAGCUUUGGUACAACCAUGAAAAGAAGGCUGUCCUCAAGACACGCCCGGAUGCGACCACCAAAGACAUUAAGGACAGUCUGGGCAAACAGUGGACGCAGCUGUCUGACAAGAAGAGACUCAAAUGGAUCGCCAAGUCCCUGGAGCAGCAGAAACUGUAUGAGGGGGUAAUGCGGGAGUACAUCCAGCAGCACCCAGAGUUAAACAUGACCCAAGACGAUAUCGUCAAGUCCACCCUGACCAAGGCUGAGAGGCACCUGAAAGACAAAUCUGAUGGCCGACCCGACAAACCGCCUCCAAAUGGCUACUCGAUGUUCUGUGCGGAGUUGAUGUCAAGCAUGAAGGAUGUGCCCAGCACGGAGCGUAUGGUGAUGUGUAGCCAGCGGUGGAAGCUGCUGAAACAGGGUGAGAAGGACGCCUACCAGAAACGCUGUGAACAGAGGAAGAAGGAAUUUGAAAUUGAGAUGAACAGAUUUCUCAGUAGUUUGUCAGAGGAGGAGCAACACCGGGUUUUGUCUGAGGAGAAAAUAGGUUUUAAGAGGGGCGGAGCCAACAGUCCUGCUGCCAAAAAGCGGGCCUCUAAAGCGAAGGCAAAUACAGAGAAACCUAAAAGGCCAAUCUCAGCCAUGUUCAUCUUCUCUGAGGAAAAGCGCCCGAAGCUCCAGCAGGAGCGUCCGGACCUUUCUGACAGCGAGCUCACACGACUUCUGGCUCGCAUGUGGAAUGAGCUGCCAGAUAAGAAGAAGGAGAAGUUCAAACGUAUGGAAGCGAUCCUGAAGGCAGAUUCAGAGAAGAAGGAGGAUCGCAGCCGUCUGCCGGACCCACCUAAGACCGCACAGGACAUCUGGCAGCAGAGUGUCAUAGGAGACUACCUGGCCAGAUUUAAGAGUGACCGGCCAAAGGCACAGAAAGCAAUGGAAGGAACCUGGAGUACCAUGGAGAAAAAAGAGAAAAUACUGUGGAUCAAAAAGGCAGCAGAGGACCAGAAGAGAUACGAUAGAGACCUGUGUGAGAUGCGCUCACCUGCUGCUGUGAUCGCCUCAGGGAAGAAGAUGAAGUUUGAGGGUGAACCCAAGAAACCACCAUCAAACGGAUAUCAGAAGUUCUCUCAGGAGAUGCUGUCCAACGGGGAGCUCAAUCACCUCCCGAUGAAAGAGCGCAUGACCGAGAUCGGCAGCCGCUGGCAGCGGUUAACGCUGAAGGAUAAGGACCGCUACAAGAAGAUCGCAGAGGAGAAGCAGAGACAGUACAAAGUCACACUGGAACAGUGGCUCGCUAGUUUGUCUUCACAAGAGAGAAACACUUACAAAGAAUAUAAUUCACAAAAAAGGAGAACUACAGCAAAACCAGGAGGUCCCAAGGCAAAGGCCAAGAAAUCUGACACGGAGGAAGAGGAGGACGACGAUGAAGAGGACGACGAUGAUGACGAGCGGGAGAAGGCUUCCUCCGAGGCAGAUUCAUCCAGCGACGAUGAGGAUGAGGACGACGACGAUGAUAAGGAAGGGGAUGACGACGACGAGGAAGACGACGAUGAGGCCGAAGACAAGGAGAACAAGUCGGAGGAAAGCAGCAGCGACUCGAAUUCACAGGCGUCGUCGGAUUCCGACUCGGACUGAAACGGGGGCCGACGUCUUUCGUGAGACGAGCUGAGCUGAGCUGAGCUGAGCUGAGCCAAGAGUCAAGGGAGCUCUGCCACUGUGCCAACCUGCUCUCCUCCCACCACCAGAGGGCCCCCCGCAUCGCCUCAUUCACUUCACACUUUAUGUUGCCGCUUCGGUGAUCCACUCAUGGAGGGGGACGCUGCCCCCUUAUGUCCAAAAUCAGUUUCCCUCCCUCUUUGGUGUGACGGUCCUCUUACAUUACGGGCCUCUGACGUUAUGCCAAAAAACAGCAUCCCACUGGCUUGGUGAUGUCAUGGACUUUUUCUGCCGCAGGUUUCAAUCUUGACUUACAGGUUCAAUGGUUUAAGGUUAGGGUUUUUAAAUGUUGAGGGUAAUUCAUUACCGGACAGUGUUUUAUUUUAUUAUUCUGGUAAUUAGUUGAAGGCAGGUGGCAUGAGUUUGUGAACAGGCUUCAUAGAGCCAAAGAACAUAGUAUGGUGGGAUCACUUUAGGGAGCAACAGGGGGGGGAGGGGGUGUGCAGGGUACAGAAAAAUUGCACUCUUCAGAAUGUUUCCUUGAAUAUCUUUUUUUUUUUUUUUCAAAGCAUUGUCGCGUUGUUCUCUAUUCUAAAUUUACGAUGUAGAUUUUAUCAUUUGGUUCUUAAAGAGGUGGUAUUUUUUCAGGAAAAAAAAUCAAGCCAUUUUGAAUGUCUUUUUUUUGUUGCUGGAACUUUUCAGAACUUGUUACUUACUUACCCGUGUUCUCAUUCAAAAGGUAACAGUGCCUAUAUAAAGUAUUCACCCCCUCUUGGACUUUUUCAUGCUUUAUUGUUUUACAACAUUGAACCACAGUGGAUGCUUUGAAACUCAUUAACAAAAUUUGUCUUUAAACUGCAAAAUUUUGGGGAGAUUGACUUAAAGGAAACCUGAACACAACCAGCUGAGAUGUCAGGUGUUUAAAAGUGUAGCAGACAACACAAAAGGGAAACUAACCUUGAUCUCAUCCAACUUUCAGUAAGACCGCGACAAGCUAAUCCGUAAAGAUAGACUUGGCAGAGAAAAUCAAUCUCUACGGAUGUAUCUAAAUUUAGUGUGCAAGUUUAAAAAAAAAAAAAAAAAAAAAAAAAAACCUCACCUGAUUAGAAAUAUUUUUUACCCUCCUAAAUAUUUAGUAAAUGCAUCUUUGGCAGCAGUUAUAACCACAACUCUAUGUAGAUCGGUAGUGUUUUUCUUUAUGUGAAAACCAACUGAGGUUUAUAGGGACCUGGAGUGAGCAUUACAGAUUGUCUUUUGGUUUUAAUAACUUUUUAAAAUUUAAAACGACUGACCUUACAGGACUCUGCAGACUAUAACUUGCCCUGAAAAUCUUCUUGUAUCUUUCCCCUUGAAUGGUAGUGUUCAGAAAACUUGUAAUGUAUUUGGAAUGUUCCUUUAUACUCAACGGGUUUUUUUUUUACAGCUUGUUUUAAAUUACAAAACAAGCUGUUGUAGCUACCAGAUACAGGUGUAAUUACUUUUAAUAUUACACAAGUGAUCGCAAUCCAACUUUAUAAAAAAAUUGUCUGCGCCGGUCAAUACAUUUGCAAUCAAUAUUGUAUAUUAGGACUUGAUUUAGAUCAGUUUGUGAAGAUUUGUUUUGUUAAUGAAGGUCAAAAAACACCUUAUUGCAUCCAUUAUGCUUCAGAAAUGUAAAACAAAAAGGAUUUCAUACUUUAUAAAGGCUCUGUUGGAUCCAUUACCAUGUGUCUGUCAUUGAAAGGUGUGAUUUAUGCAUAAGUCUGAAACAAUUCUAUUAAAUCUGGUGUUUUUAAAGAAUA